AUGGCAACGACUAAAUAUGCUGCUUAAGUUAACUAAUAUAACAUUUUGGUACCAUGCAGUCUCAAUCUGUUAUGCUGGAUGCUGGCUAUUCCAUCCCCGUAACAUCGCAUUGGAAAUCAGAUGAGAUGCUAAACUGGUCUGUGGUACCUUCGGGAAACGUAACAGCGAUUGGUGAUAUGGAGAUUCUUGGCAACCCGCGUGCGCAUUAUGGACAAUUUUCGCCGUCUACCUCCGUGUUCUUGACUGUGCUUAUGACGCUCCUUGUCUUCGCCACUGUGCUGGGCAACGCGCUUGUAAUAUUAGCCUUUGUCGUGGAGAAAAGUUUGCGAACUCAAGGGAACUUUUUCUUUUUAAAUUUGGCCAUAGCCGAUUUGCUCGUUGGAGGCUUUUGCAUUCCGGUGUAUAUCCCCUAUGUAAUUACUGGCGAGUGGAGACUCGGACGAGGUCUGUGCCGGAUGUGGCUGGUGGUGGACUAUACAUUAUGCACUGCAUCAGUGUUCAACAUCGUCCUGAUCAGCUUCGACAGAUUUAUAUCUGUGACUCAAGCGGUGAGCAACAGGUGUCAACAAGGUGUGACACGGGAGGCUGUCCUGAAGAUGAUGAGUGUGUGGCUGGCUGCUUUCCUACUUUAUGGGCCAGCAAUUAUCAGCUGGGAGUACAUCGCCGGUAGUAGCGUGGUGCCAGAAAAAGAGUGCCAUGCAGAGUUUUACUUCAACUGGUAUUUCCUAAUAACAGCGUCCACUGUUGAGUUUUUCACCCCAUUUGUUACUGUGAUGUACUUCAACAUCUGCAUCUACAUCAACAUCAGCAGGCGGACCAGGAUAAGGGAUGAGCCGCCUGGGGACUGUGAGAUGGAGACUCUCCCAGCUGGAGAGGUUCAGAAUGUGUUUUUUGUCAGACCAGUGGAAGGUGACUCUCUGAGGAUCCCUAACGUUGCUGCCAGGCUAAGGGGUUUCUUACGAUCUACUGCUAAAGUGUCCGCAGUACCCGGGGACAGCAACCAUGAAAGAAGUAAGGACAGUACCGCCCUGGACCUCCCUCCUCUGCAAGUGGGCAUUAUGGUCCAGCAUUCCAGGAGGAAACGGUCCCGGUCUGAGGAGCACUCGUUUAGCCCGCAGCGCUGCCGCUCUGACAUAGCCGCCAGCCGUUUCCGUCUGUCCAAAGACAAGAAGGUUGCCAAGACCCUGGCAGUGAUUGUGUGUACAUUUGGUCUGUGCUGGGCUCCAUACACAUUGUUAAUGAUCAUCCGCGCAGCGUGCCAUGCUCAAUGUGUCCAUAAUUACCUGUAUGAAAUCUCCUUCUGGCUACUUUGGAUCAACUCCUCCAUCAACCCAGUCCUUUACCCGCUGUGUCACACCAGCUUCAGAAAGGCUUUCAGAAAACUGCUUUGUCCAACCAAGAUUAAAAUUCAACCACAUUAUAUGGCACAGAAGUAUUAAGGACCUACUGAAAACAAUGUUCAUGUUCUGAUAGUUUUUAAUGUCACGAUGUCGGUGAAAAGCUUGUGUGUCGCAGUUCACUGAACUCCACGAUUGAUGUAUUGUUGCCCUUUUGUGUACGGUGUUCUUUUGCAGAUGUUGUGUAUUAGUCUUCCCACAAAUGUAGUCUGACUUACGUUGUACAAUAAACACACAAUUCAGCUCAA